UUGUUGUUAUUUUAUAUCAUUCUGGUUUCUGAUUGAGACCCUUCAGCCAUUACAGCUAACUUUUUAAUGUUUACUUAAUUCAUUUUGUGGUUUUGACUAAUAUUACGGUAUUUAUUUUAUAGAGGACUUUUGCUGACUUCUUGUUUUACUGUUUCAAUCCUGAGAUAUUUCCUCAAUUUCUUAAUAUGGGGGCAAUAAAAAGCUCCUACAUUUUUUCAGUAUGGUCUAGGAUAAUAAGGCAGCCCGAUGCACGAAGCAUCCCGCGUUCACGCAGGGUCCGGGGAAGGGCUGCACCUUCGGGGUUGUGAUGUAGGUAGCCUACCUUAAUGCAAGCAUUAGUGUCUGAUUCCACGGCUCGAACCCGUGACCUAUAAUGAAUGUUAUAUGUAUGGUGCAAAUCAUGCUUGAACUAUAGCAUAGUCUUAAUCAGAUCCUUCAAUAUAAUUUCAAACACCAAUAUUUGGUUUUCCAAAAUAUCUUUUUAGCUUCAAUCAGUUAGCUUUCACAUGGGAUUCACCAAAUAGGUCAUUUAGCCUUUAGUUCUUUGAGGGAAUGCAUUGAGAAGUUGAUAUUACCAUUUUUUGGCAUGUAAGUUUGUUGAUAUAUACAAAGGAGGAAGGGAGUGCUUCUUGUUGGAAUUGCAGUUUUGGUUGGUAUAUGCAAAGGAGGUAAGGGAGUAUUUUUCUUGGAGUUGUGAACUUAGUCUUGAGAUAUGGGUGGAUGUGUUUCGAGUCCGACUAAGAAGAUAAAGUUAAAGACAAAGUGCAUUCGCAAGUCUCGUAGAUUUCGAAGAAAGGCACCAUCUUCUGUUUCUGUUGCACCGAUAGAGCAACUUACUGGUGUGAGAAACUAUGUAAGAGAUGUUGAUGUUGGUGAGUUUGUCACAAUAGACUAUGAGAGCAGGGCUGCACCUAUUGGUGGAGGGGAUUGUGUGUUAAAUCCAGCAUUUCAUCUCUCCCAAAACUUUCAUCAUGUAGAUGUAACUGGAGUAAGCCAAGAGGAAGCAUGGUUUGAUUCUUUCAGUGUCCUUGAGUCUGAUUCAGACGAAGACUUCACUAGUGUUCUUGGGGAAAUUUGCCCUUCAUUGGUCAUUGCUUCUAUGAGCAUAUUAGAUCAUCAAAGUCAAAUCGAAAGCGCCUCACACUCUUACGAUACCAUCAACAACAAUGAUAUAUCAUGUGUAGAUGGAAAUUUUACUAAGCGGAACAACAUUGUGGAGGAUCCAAUUUUGACAUCUCAAAGAAGGAAGUUAUCAGUUGUAACACUUGCUGUUAAUAAGAAACUGCAUGAUGGGGAAACGACGACUGAGUUUUGUUCUUCAAGGAGAUUAUUGUAUCGUCCAAGAGCAGGAUUUGUUGUUCCACAUUAUAUUGAUAUGAAACAAACUCAAGGAUGUUGGAGUCGCAUUGCACCUUCUGUAUUUAAGCUUCGUGGCAUGAAUUAUUUCAGGGAUAAAAGGAAAUUUCCUGCCCCUAACUAUUGCCCUUAUGUACCUAUUGGUGUUGAUCUAUUUGUUUCUCCGCGGAAGAUAUCUCAUAUUGCACGGUAUCUUGAGCUUCCCUUUGUAGAGCCACAUGAUAAAGUCCCAUCGCUUCUCAUCGUCAAUAUACAGCUGCCUAGUUAUCCUGCCUCAAUGUUCCUUGGUGAAAAUGAUGGGGAGGGAAUGAGCCUUGUACUAUACUUCAAAGUAUCAGAAAAUUUUGAAAAAGAGAUUUCUCCACAAUUUCAAGACAGCAUAAAGAGAUUAGUAAUGGAUGAGAUGGAAACUGUAAAAGGUUUUGCAAAGGAAUCAACAGUUCCUUUCAGAGAAAGACUAAAAAUCAUGGUUGGCGUAGCCAACCCUGAAGAUCUUCAUUUAAAUCCCGCGGAGAAAAAACUUUUACAUGCGUAUAAUGAAAAACCAGUGCUUUCGCGUCCUCAACAUGCCUUCUACGAGGGAGGCAACUACUUUGAGAUAGACCUGGAUGUUCAUCGAUUCAGCUACAUAUCCAGGAAAGGAUUUGAUGCAUUCCGAGAACGACUGAAACAUGGAAUUCUUGAUCUUGGAUUAACAAUUCAGGCACAGAAGCAAGAGGAGCUGCCAGAGAGAGUUUUGUGCUGUGUUCGAUUGAACAAAAUCGAUUUUGUAAAUCGUGGCCAGAUACCUCAGCUUAUAACCCCUGUUGAUAACUGAAAUGAUUGAGAGCUAGGCUAAUAGUUGUAAAUUUUGUGACAAGAGAGAGAAUGGAUUCUGAAAUGUAGCUAUCACACCAAUUUUAUUUGUAUCAAGAGUGACAAAAUAUGAAAAGGUUUAGAACCUUUUCAAUGAAAUCUGACAAAAUUGAAAGUUGAAUUUUAAUUUCUCCAA